AUGAAGCCAGAUGAUAUUGACGAGUGCGCCGACAAUCAAACCAUAUGUGGUAACAACUCUGUUUGUGCAAAUACGGUGGGCAACUACACGUGCGCGUGUGUGGUGGGGUACAGACAGAGGGAGGGUGAAGAGGUGGGAUGCAGUCAGGAUAUUGACGAGUGCGCCGACAAUCAAACCAUAUGUGGUAACAACUCUGUUUGUGCAAAUACGGUGGGCAACUACACGUGCGCGUGUGUGUUGGGGUACAGACAGAGAGAGGGUGAAGACGUGGGAUGCAAUCUGGUCGUUAUUGCCGCAGCUGCAUCUACAGCCGCGGAUUCCUCAGCGUUGACGAUCGGUGUGGCAGUAGGUAUAGGCGGAGUGGUUCUUCUUGUCGUGUUCGUCCUAGCCGUUGUUGCUAUUUUCAGGACAAGAAAUCGUUCGAGCGGAGGUAUUAGAAAAUGUAUAGGAUUAGAAAUGCAGGGGAAACGUUCUGACGUCAUAACACACGAAUAUAUCACUAAUCAGUCUGGACAACAACGAAGCGGAGUUACUAAUCCAACAUACCCAGUACUACCCGAUGUGUUGGGUUCCAAUACACAGUCCGGUACUGACGUCCGCUACGAGGAAGUUGACCAGCUGUCACAGGCAGAACUGAAUCACGAUGCACAGAGUUUGCACAGCUUAGCAGGAAAUUUCGACGAUCAGAAGCCCAGUUACAGUAAACACAAGGAUCUGUAUUCAAAUCACAAGAUUGCAGACAACAAAGCCAAACAGAUGGCUACGGAGAAAAGCCAGGCUUCAGAAACUUCCCAGAGCGAAUCCACGUAUAAUGUUUUGUCCAAACCUCACGUAAAAUCUUCCACUGUAACCACCAACACCGCGGACAAUUAUAACACACUGUAUGGUUUAAAACCAAACGAUGAAAGCCUAAAAAAUAUUGAGCCCGGGCAGACCGGAUAAGGAAAUCCACAUAGAAACGAUGACGUCCAAUAUGACACAACAUACAGCGCUGUCAGACAAAUUGGGGACAAUGGCGUACAGCUGACAAGCAAUGAACAGCAAGAGGGUAAUGAGUAUGAUGAAAUUAAGAUGCAGAAAGUUUAAAAGGAACAGUUCACAGGCGUAUAGUUUGGAGUCACUUGCGGUCAUUCGGACAGUCCUGUGAAGGACCCAUUAAAAAGUUUUAGAAGACAACACAUGACGUGGAAAAGGGUACAAUGUCACAAAGUAAAAGGUGGAAAUGUCACAAAGUACAAUGUGAAAAUGUCACAGGGUACAAUGUGGAAAUGUCACAAAGUGCAAGGUGGAAAUGUCACAUAGCACAAGGUGGAAAUGUCACAAAGUACGAUGUGGAAAUGUCACAAAAUUUUAUGUGGAAAUUUUACAAGGUUCAAUGUUGAAAUUUCACAAAGUACAACGUUACGUUAGUAUUCGUGUCAUUCCCUACGGAUAUGUGCAUAUAACACUAACGUGUAUGUACUUAUACUUGAUUAUGAUGGCAUAUUUCGUAUGUUUCUCCAAAUUAUUGGUGGGGUUUGGCAUUUUGGACUAGGAACGACAUAGGUACAACGUACUAAGCCAGUAUGUAGCUAUACUUUUAUGGAACUGUGCUUUUUUUUUGUAAGAAAUCAGUAAAUAUAUUUUACUGUCUUUGAUGGGGUAGCUCUUUCUCUCCGGCCGUACGUUGGAAGAUCUACUUGUAACUUGCGGAUGCUCUUGGGUUUUCCUUAGCCCGGUUUUCUAAAACACCAAUAAAUAAAUAUAUCAUAAACAAGUCAGAGACAUCAGGAAAGCUCGGUACGCUUUCCCCUUUUAAAGCUAAUCUAGCUCAGGGGCCUAGUUGAGUGGCCUAGUUAAGUGUUUAGAUGUGUGCUCUAGUAGUGUUAUCUGUGCAAUCUAGUUAUCUACUUUGGCUGUAUGCUGUGCACCGGUAGUAUGCUAUAGUUGUGUACCCUUGCUGUGUACUCUAGCUUUGUUGUCUAGUGUUAUAAUUUGUACAACAGUUGUGCAUUCAACACUUUAGUUGUAGAAUCAAGUAUUAGUAUUUAGCUGUAUUCUUUGGUUCAACUUUAAUGUAAUGCUCUGGCUUUAUACUUUAGUUGUAUACUGUUCUAUAAUCUAGUUGUGUACUCUGGUUUUAUAUUAGAUUUUAUGUAAGAGUUGUAUCACGACCAAACAAGACAAAUUUUACUGAAUGUGUUCAGCUUAUGACAUCAUAAUGAUGUAAAUAAAAUUCCAUGAAAAUGUGAAAAUGUUAAAAAGUUCAAUUGACCUGUUAUUGCUAUUAUUAUCUUAAAUAUAUCUAUUGAUUACCUUUGUAAAUGUUUGAAUUUUUUGUAAACUUUUUGUUAUAUUAAUUUUUGUCAUCUCUUUACGAAUAUGUAUUUCAUAUGUUAUGUGUUUGCUUUUGAUAUGAGAUAUUUUUUGUUCAAAUUGUAGUAUAACUGCAUAAAUGUGGCCGCCGUAAGUAAAUUCCAGUAAGAUAUAUUCAGUUAUACCUGUUACAUCACAACUUUAUUCAGUGUACUCACGACUUAAUAUUGUUCAUCCAUAAAUUUCUGUGGAUUAAUAUGUAUGGUAACAACAAUUUUUCGUUAAUUUAGUGUUUUGAUUACUUGGAAAAAAUAACUUGCGUACCGCACUUAGAAUGAAUUAAUGUGCAUCCGUAGAUAUAGUUCGUUUCCUUUGUAAACUUGAAUGUAUGUUUAUGCAUGUCGUAAUGUAUGUUGAUUAUGUCACGUAAGCGUUGUCUAGCCAGCCGGCCUCUCAGUCACGUCGACGAAUGGCCUAUAUGGGAUGGGAUGGACGUCCUUUGAUGUUGUCCGCACUGGCCACGGUUGGGUGCAAAUAAAGCUGACACUGCAAAGAUUCUACGUUUAUAAUAAUUGAUUGAAUCGGAUUACCGUUCGUCCUUCUAGUGGAAUUAAGAAAGCUCUUCAGCGUGAGGUCAGCAUGUGCCUUUUUGUCGAUUCAAGAGAUUUAUUGUACAAAUUCUGUAAGCAAUAACACCAGGAGCGGGAUAUUUCUGAAGUAGAUUUUGUCGUGGUGUUUUGGAUCAGAAGCCGGUUAUUCAAAGGUUAAAAAUUAAAUUAGACAUAAAUCUUAGUGGCAGUUUUAUCUUUGUACAAAAGUAAGUCAGUCUAGUAAUAACUGAUUCAUAUUACACUAUCCAUGAUCACUGGGUACAUCUGGCAGUCUAGAUCACAUCAUGAUGUUUAUAUAUCGUACUGUGGUAAAAGUGUGCAUAUAUACAUGUAGCAAAGUCAUUGAUUUAUUUCUAUAUGUUUUCUUUAUAUACAGUGUCGUCAACAAAGUUAAUUUUUUUCUAUAUGUGCUCUUGUAUUGUCUAUAUACAGUGUAUAUGUCCAUGGAUAUUGUAGAUGUAUUUCAAUUAUUUUUAUUCUGUAUUUCACCAAAAGCUUGGUAAAAAUUCACUUUCGGAAAAUUAUAAAGGCCUUAAAAUAAUACCAGAAAUGCCAUAGCCCAAGUUAUAAUAAGUUUCUUCAGGUAAGAAAUAAAGUAAAAUCAAGCAAAAUUUUAAAAUCACUUAAAUGGCUCUAUAAGACGAGAGAACCAGUCAGAUUCAAGCAAACUGAGUCAGCUGAAAAAUGCUAAACUUUGGGUGAAAUAGAGUACAUUGUUUAAAUUGAAUUAUCUGGUGUUGUUGUAAUCGUGUCUGACCCAUUGUUGAAAAGCCUCAUCAUUCAGUUACUUAACCAAAGUCACCUCACACUGAGCUCGAAUUAAUGACUUCAAACAACAUCGACUGUGUCACGUUGGUACGUUUACCUCCCCGGAUAAUAUCAUGUCAAGCUGUUUAUUUCUGCAAAAAACAGGAUUUGAAGUUGCCUACAUGACAGAUUUUCUGCUGAUUUAUAUAAAGGUGAAAUAUCCAUACUUCCUUCAGAAUUCUGAAGGAGGUGAGUCUGGUGAAAAACAACUGCAGUAUGAAAUAUGCCAGUUGCAAUAUUUUCUCCAUAUUUGGGGGUAAACCUGAUUUAAACACCUUCAUCGGUGCUUGUGUAAUCCGAUAAGGCUGAACCUUGGUUCGUACCUGGUCUUAUUUCACUUGGUGCGAAACAAGAUUCAUGGGUAUAUCACGUAACACAACAGAAACCGCUACGACUGUGUGACACCCUGAAUUAUACCUUUGCAUUAGCCCGACAGUAGGAAGCCUGUCCCUCAAGCAGCUUCCCACUAUACGUAUAUGCAGUAUGUAUAUAAUAGCGUGUGCAUUUGCAUAAAACGUUGAGAUUUCAUGUCGUUUUCAGCUUUUUUGGUAUUUUUAUAUCUUAAAUGUCUGUUUCUUCGUUCAGUUGAACAUAUGCGUAAGAAAAAUACGUGAUAUGGUGUAAAAACUAGAUCACCAGUGAAAUACCAGCGGCGGUGUGCUCACUCUGAUGUUAAGAGAUAGGCUGAGCUAGUUUGUUUAUCUGCCUUUUAUAAAACGGGGCUGAGUAUCUCGGUAAACCCGAUAGAGCAUGACAGAGUGCUAGAAAUGAUU